AUGUUUUCACUCACCGCGAACAGUACCAAUGUCUUCGAAUACAACAGAGGAGUUUUUAAUUGUCAAAUUAAUGGAUUGGUUUUAAGCAGUUUGGAAUCGGACGAGGAAAAGUUUAGAUAUAUUAAACAUAUCCAAGAAACGGUUCUCUAUGACCUCACAGCGCUCUGGGUAGCAGCAAGUGUGAACUCAACUGACGGGAAGUACUAUUGGAACGACAAUCAGGCUGUUGGACUUUUGGAUCCCCAACCGACAGUUGUUGACCCCAAUGGUCAUGUUGCUUGGUUUUUGAAUAAGAACUCUAGUGUACCUGGUUAUGGAGAUUUUAGAGUUGUUCCAACAUCUGGUCUCGGAAAUCCGCUAGUGAACGCUGUCCUUUGUGGUGCCCCUGGAUUACAGUUUAGUUGA